UUCUGAGAAAGCUUUCAAAGUUGCAAAUUUUCAAAAGCGGACAAAAACUGUAAAGAUUGCUUCAAAGCAUCCCACGGAGUCCGCUCACGACGUGCGUUUUCCAUCCCCACACGUCUCCUCCUCCUCCUAAUUCUUCUCCCUAACCCCAAGAACUCGGAGCGGAUGAAGAAGGUUCCCCGCCUCCGCAAGUAACCUCCCUGUUUUUUAUACUUCCAAAAAACGAAGAAUCAAAAUAAAUUCCUAAAAAAGAAAAAAAUAAGAACAAGAAGAAGAGUAGAAAGAGGAGGAGCCGUGUCUAUCCCUCCCUGUUCAUUUUGAACACUAAUUAAUUAAUUUCGCCUCACAACGCAUGCACUCUCCCUCCACAUCAUCAUCAUCAUCAUACUUAUCCUCUGCUUCUACUCAUACUUCGUUACUCAAGAUGGGCUCCUCCCCAGGUGCUCUGCUGCUCCCCCACCCUCACUUAUACUCUUCUUCUUCUUCUUCUUCUCUCGAUCUUAAGAGAAAGGAUCUGCUCUGCCUCCGCAGCCGCCGCCGCCGCAGCAGCGGCGGAAAAUUGAAGCGCUCCAUCGUCCCCGUGGCGAGGCUUUUUGGGCCAGCGAUUUUCGAAUCUUCGAAGCUGAAAGUGCUGUUCCUCGGAGUGGACGGGGAGAAGCACCCGGAGAAGCUCCCGAGGGCUUACACGCUCACGCACAGCGACAUCACGUCCAAGCUCACCCUCGCCAUCUCCCACACCAUUAAUCGCGCUCAGUUGCAGGGGUGGUAUAAUAAGCUGCAGAGGGACGAGGUGGUGGCGGAGUGGAAGAAGGUGCAGGGUAAGAUGUCGCUCCACGUCCACUGCCACAUCAGCGGCGGCCACUUCCUCCUCGAUCUCAUCGCCAGCCUCCGCUACUACAUCUUUCGCAAAGAACUCCCCGUCGUGCUGAAGGCGUUCGUUCACGGGGAUAAGGAUCUAUUAAGAAACCAUCCGGAAUUGGAGGAGGCGACGGUGUGGGUGUACUUCCACUCCAACCUGCCGGAGUUCAACCGGGUUGAGUGCUGGGGCCCGCUCCGGGAGGCAUCAUCGGUCGGGCAGCGCGGCGGCGGCGGCGGCAACAGCGACGCCGCUGUGGAUCAGCCGCGGCCGUGCCCGGCGGAGUGCAACUGCUGCUUCCCCCCCUACAGCCUCAUCCCGUGGCCGCACAAUCUCCACGACAACUGCCCGCAAGACGCAGAAGCCGCCGCCGCCGCCGCCGCCGCCGCGGGGCAAGAGCUGCAGCAGCAGCAAUGAGAUCACAGAAUUGGCAGCAAAAUGGUUUAAUGCAGGAAAAAGAGAAAGAAAAAAAAUAAAACAAAGCAAAAAAGGGGAUGAAAAUGGAAAAAAUGACACAUAGAUUGAUUCUUUGAAUUGGAUGGUUAGAUUGUACAGGUGUGUGUACAUAGGGGCAAAAAUGCUGGUUUAGUGUACUUUUACUUUACCAUUUGGAUAGUUUAAAAACUUGCAUUUAUUAGUGCAUAAAUUUAUAUUUGGGAAAACUUCAAAA